AUGAUGUCCAACGUCUUCCAGCUCACCAUCGCCGCCUUCGCCUUCACCACUCUUGUCACUGCCGUUCCUCAGCAGUACCCCAACAAGUGCGGCGACCAAGUUUGCCCAAGCGACAAACCCAAGUGCUGCGCUGUCAAUGUCAACGGAGUAGAGGAACUCGGAUGCUUUGCUUCAUGCCCCAGCCAGCCGAAGCCACUUCAGCGCCGUCAACAGGGCGUCGAGUGUGGCGACUCCAUCUUUUGCAAGCCUAACCAGCUUUGCUGUGCCGUCAUCUACAAUGGCGUUGAGGAACGAGGAUGCUAUGAUGGCCCUACAUGCCCUCCUCUUAACCCGGCUACAACAAUGACCACCAUCACGACAACCACUCCCGCUGCUGCGGCCGCCACAUUUGGCCCCAAGUGUGGUGAUUCUUUCUUCUGCCCCGUUGGUAAGGUCUGCUGCCCUAACAAGCUUUACACUUGUGCCGACACUGUUGAUCAGUGCCCCAAGUAA